AUGGAUGAAAUCGACAUGAGUCUUGUGAGUCCAUUGCAUUUCUGUCCUGUUUGCCCUUACACUUCUCCUUACUCUGCACAUCUCAAGCGGCACAUGCUGACGCAUAGCGAUGGAGCAUAUUUGAAUGACAGAUCAAGAUCGAAACUAAAUGUUCACUCAUGUUCUUACUGUUCGUAUUCUUCCCCACUGCUUGGAAAUUUGAAGAGGCACAUGCUGACUCACAGUGGAUUAAAGCCUUUCCAGUGCUCCCUCUGUUGUCUCAGCUUUGCACAGAAGUGUCACAUGAAAAGACAUAUGAUGACACAUUGGAAUGAACAGCUCUAAAUGACUUUUUUUUUUGAAGUGCAUACUCUCAAAGUAAAAUAAUUUUUUUCACUGUUGGAAUUUUUCUUUACGUAAUGUUGUAUUUUAUCUUGGUUAUUGAUGUUUGAAAACAUCCAGCUUAAGUUUAUAUUGAUAAAAAAUGUACAAGACUGUUUAUUUUUCAAAAGUACUUAUUUCCUAUGUAGAAGGACACAGGUGUAUGUCAUUUCAAGUUACUUUAAAACAACAUGUUAGUGCAUAAUAAAAAU